AUCUAUACACGUACGUCUGUCUGGUGUAAGUGGUGUCCCGUCCCCCGAUGUCGCUGGUUGAUAUUAUUAUUAUUAGUUAUUACUAUUGUUCUUGUUCACCUUUUCGGUAAAACAGAACAUUUCGGUUUUUUAAUCUGCGAUGGAGCGAAUUGUCGCCGUCGCUGCCGCCGUCGUGCGCCGAAACAAUAAUUGUUAAUCGCCGCGCACGUUGGACCCCAAUGUCCACUGUUCCGCCGCCGCCACCGCCGCCGCCGCCGCAGCAGCAGCAAUUCGUCGGCCAUUACCUCAUAAGCGACCCGGAGUGACGGAGACUUAUAGCAAGCAAUGACUGUUCAGCGCGCGAACCGAUAGGUUGUGCUCAGUCGGACGGACGGUCAGUCGGAGACGAUAUUCUUCACCAGCGACGUUGACCGCUGCCACAGCUUGUUGCUGAGCGCCGGUCAUUCGUUUCAGGGGCAGUCUUGCACAGCGAACAAAUGCUGUUGACAUCCACUACUAGUAUCCAGUAAAGAGAGGUGUUGUGCACGUCACCGGUGACGCGAUGGCUGUUCACCGACACGAUGAAGGAUCUGCAUCGUCGUCAAUGUCUAUCAGUACCAUAGAGCCUAUGGCGACGAUUGACUGCAGUCGAAAGAGGAUUCACAGCGAAACAGUUGAUUCAGAUAUUGAUGAAAAUAAUAAAAAAACACCAAUAAGUUCGAAAAAAUUUCCUAAGUAUGUGGACUGUCAAGAAACGUUGGUGGAAAUGUCAUUUAUUAAAUGGUUAGCUGGUUUUCGGUUGGAAUGCCGUAUGAUUUCAUGCAGUACACAUACAGAACUUUUCAUUGGAUUAUUCAAUUUUUUUUGUCUGAAUAUAGCACCAGAAAUGGUUGACUGCAGAAAUAAAAUUAAUAAAUCAACUCUUUUGAAAUCUUAUCUAGAACAAACCAUGAUGUUUUUUCGAGGAUACUAUAAACGCAUUAAAAAAAUUAAAGGGGAUACUUUGGAUGUUAUAUAUUAUGAUAGAAUGAGUUCAAUGUUGGCAUAUUACAUUGAUUUGAAACUAAUGUCAUCUCAGCGUUAUAAGGAAAACUCAUCUCACAAAAAAACUUCAAGUAAAAUAAAUACAAUGAUAUUUGUUUUUUUAGAUCAGAAACUUGAUUAUAUGUUUGAUGCAGUAUUUCAAUUAUACUAUGUAUUUUAUGGUUCUGUUAAUAUUAAUUUAGGAUCAAUAAUGCUUCCAGUUUUUAAAAAAUUAUUGUCUGAACAUCCAAUGCCUAAAAAAAUGAAGUUUCUAACAUAUUUGCGAUAUAUUUUGUGUUUUAAACUGUGGAAAAAAAUAAUUCACUCCUCGGGUAUGGCUAGUUCUAUUAAGAGAAAGGAAUUGGAAAAUAUAAGAUUAUUAUUGAGAGGGUUGAAUGCUCCAUAUGAUUUUAUGAUUCAACAUGCAAAAUAUAAUUGGGCUAACUGGCCAAAAUUGACCAUGUCGCCAAAUGGAACACCAGAUACAAUACAAAGAGAUUUAAAAAAUCUUACUUUUGUUUUGUAUCAUACAACUUUAUCACUUAAAGAGUGUUACAAGGAUAUAUUGGACGCUUCAAGAAAAGAUAUUCCAAUAGUAUUGAAACCAAUUGAAGAUCAGUUGAAAGUAUUACGACCAGAAUUAUUUGCAAUUUCUGGAAAAGAAGUAUUAACAAAUUGGAAUGAAAAUUUUGAUGACACUCUAAAACCACUUAUACCAACUACACGUUCUUGUAAUAGCUUGCUGAGAAAAAUCAAGUAUAAUUUUUAUACCCCAGAUAAGUAUGUAUUUGUUGAUGAUGAAACCGAUCAAGUUAGUUCUAUUACAAACAUUGAUGAUUUAAGCAAUUCAAAGCACUUAGGAGAAAGUUCAGAAGAUCCUACGUCACGUGCUGAUAAAAAAUGUACAGAAAAAACUAAUCUUACGACUUCAUCAACUAAUAAAGUAAAUAAUGAAAGCAAAAAAGAUGAAAAUGAGAAAUCUUCUGUUGUAACAAUGAAAUCUGUAGUUGCUAAUGGGGAAUCAUUCCCGGUUAAUGUAAAUCAACACCCAAGUGAUGAUGAACUGCAAGUCAAUGAGAAAAAAUCAAAAUCAUCUGAAAAACAUGCAUUACACGGGAACGAAGGCAGAUUUGAUCCUACAUUAUCUAAUAAUGUAAAUAGAUUAAAUUUUAUGGCCGAAAUUACAAGUGCUGUUCAUCACUCCUAUGGACCUGGAUGUUCUUUUGCUAAAGGAACAAAAAGAAAUCAAUAUUCAUCAUUUAGUGAAAAUAGUAAAAGCAAAAAAGUUUGCAGAACAAAAUCCAAGCAUGAAAAAAAUAUAUCAAACUGUAACUCAAAUCAAAUCAUUGAUUCUGAUUGCCAGAGUUUGAACAUUGAUAAUAUUAGUCGUGGCACUUUAAAUAAUGAUAACUCAGUACUUGAAAAUUUAAAGAACUCUCAAGAUAUAAAUGGAGUUUCUCGCCUAAUGAAUGAAACUUCAGCCAAAGAAAAUAAAUGGAUAUCAAAAGCAUCACACCCUGAAUUAUCUAUAACUGCUGUCUUAAAUUUGAAACAGACUAAUUUUACUGUCAGUGAUAAAGAUGAAAGUAUAGGCAAUUGUAUUCCUAAAGUUAUUGAUCUAAGUAGUGAUCAGGAUGAUACUGCUUCUCCUUCAAGUGACAUUCAAUGGCCUAUAAAGUUAUCACAUUCUGAACCAUAUUCUCCAGAAUCUAAACCAAUGGCUGACAAUUCUGAGCAAAUGGAAAUUGAAACAACAAGCUCUGAUACUGAAGGUAACAAUAGUCCAAAGACUGAUCAUUUAUUAUCUUUAAGAAACUCCGAGGAAAUAAUUUCAAAAUUAGUUUCAUCCAGACGAUCUAUUAAGGAAAAUGAAAACACACAAAUUUAUGCUUUGCCUAUGGAACAGAAACUAUCUCACGUAGAACAUCCUUACAUUGAAAAUACCAUUAAUUCAAAUACCCGAGACUUGGAAGUAGUAAAUGUGUUAUCUCCUGUUUCUAUUAACUCAACUGAUAUCCCUAUGAAUAAAAGUUCAUGGGUUCCUGAUAUGUCAUUGGUACAUGCCCAUAAUGAUCAUAAUGAUAUUGACUGUGAUCAUUCUCAGUCUUCUUUACAACAAUUAAAUGGUUUAUGUAAUUCAAUUAACAUUAACACCAGUCGUGUUACUAAUCAAAAUAAUGAAGUUGAAAUUUUAAAUAAUAUGCAGUUGGAAACUUCAGUUAUGUCUAGACCAUGUUCUUACAAUCGUAUCGAAUCAAGAAUAUUUCCCGAAGAUUCAUAUACAGCUGCUUUAUCUCCUAGUGAAAGUUCGGUUUCAAAUUCAGCAUAUGGUACUGCAUAUGAUGUAAAUCGAAUACCUUUGGCAGCGACUGUUAAACCUAUUCCUGUUACUGUGUCUUCAAAAGAUGUAACACAUGAAUUAAAUGAUUCCGGUAGUAGCAUUUAUCACAAUAGUACUAUGAAUAUGUGUUUUAAUGGGUUUAAGAAAAAAUCUAUCAUAGAACAACAACCUUCUUAUAAUUUUGCAAUGAAUAAAUCUAGACCAACUGAUAUGAAUAUUAUAGAACGAGGUUCAUCAACUAACAAAGACAAACAUGAUGUUAUUGAUGUAGUUUCGGAUGAAUUUAGUGAUGUUGACUCCAUGGAUUUAAGAAUCAACAGUGCUGAACCUAAAGAUAUUAAUUUAUCAAUGUCUAGUCUAAUAUCAACUGAUUUAAAAUCAAUUAAUACACUUAAUAGUUUUGAAAAGUGCGGUAAUUGGUCUACCAUUAAAAAUCCAUCCGACACAUCUAAUCAUCAUCAAAAGCAAAAAUUAAAAAUAUAUACAGAUCCAACAGAAAUGAUUUCAGUACCAAUUAAUCUGAAUACACAGUCUGUAAUGCCAAUUAAUUUGAAUGAAGCACAUGUACAAAAGGUGUUUUUAGGAAAUAAAAGUCCUCCACAAGUAUAUUACAGUCCAAUUGCUGAUUUCCGUGUUUCAUCAGAUAUAGAUAUGAUAAAUCAUGGAAAUAUAGAAGAUCCCAAUUUAAUUCAUUUUAAGAAUAGACAGAGAAGUUGUGUAAACAUGUGCUCAAAUGAUAAAUAUAUUCAUCCUAUGUUACAACCAACUGAUAAUGAUCCAAAUGUAAAACAAACUAUAAUUAAUGGCUAUGAUGGAGUUCUUAAUCAAAAUUCGUCAAUUAUGAAUAAUGGACUUUUGUAUAAGUAUCCAAGACCUGACAGUAAUGCAUCUGUUAGAUAUGAAAAUCCUCCUCUUAGACUACAAAAUAAAAACUCAGAACGCAUAUCACCACAUAAUGGGUUACAAUAUUCAAGUUAUGAUCAGAUACUAGGACCAAGUUUGUUGGAAGAUCCAAAUCAAAAAGAAGAACAGUCAAUGAUUAAUAUGACACAUUUAAUGCUACAGUCUAGCAAAAAUUGUAAAGUUCAUUAUAAAUGGCCUUUAAAUAAAAACAAAAGUCAAACUUCUUCAAACGGAAAACUUUUAGAAGUUUCUCAAAGUCUAGAUUACAAAAGAAAUUCAAAUGUUUUGUAUAAAUAUACUGAUGAUGAAUUAAAUCAAAAAAUGUCACCAAAUGAAAUUCCAAACCAAUGUACUAGUUUGUCAUUUAACGAAAGAAUAAAUAACAGCACUUCAAUCCAGCCAAACCAACAGUUCCAAGACUUAUCUAAUUUUAUUGCACCUGAUCAUCUUUCACCUACAAUGCAAUCUGGAUCUGAUUCUAUUGAUGAAAAAACACAGAUUCAAACAAUUACAAUCAAUUUUAAAGGUGAUCCGCGAACAGAAUCAACUGAUCAUCAAGAAAUGUAUAGAAAUACCAAAAUACUAAGCCAAAGUAAAGAAUCAAGUACAUCAUUUGGCAUCGAUGGUUUUGAAGCAGCCCACUACUUAUUCAAUAGUGGCAAGUUAUUUUUAUGCAUGUAUCCAAAAUGCACCAAUAGACAUCAUUUCCGUGUUAUACCUUCCAAUGCAGAAAUGCUACGGCAUGAGUUCACUGUACCAUUUGAUGACUUCCGUUUCAAUAUUCAGUAUAAAUAUAAACAGUUAUUAACUUCAAACCCAAGAACAUGGCCUAGUAUACCUGAAUUAGUACAGUUACCUAAACGGUGUCUGUGUGAAAUUUGUGGUGAUUUUGAUUCAAAAUUAAAUCAAAAUCAAGAUAUGUUAUAUACAUAUGUCGAAGGGAAAAAGCCAAGUAUUGAAGAAGACAAUUGUGAAAAUGAACAGCCUACAAAUACGCAAAUAACAUUGAGUUGGAAAAAACAUUUGGCACAUCGUUUUACUUCAGAAGAUGUUGAAAAACAGUCUAUUUCACAGAUGAUAGAGGAUAUGGAAAGACAUAUAAAAUGUUUUGCAUAUGCUUUUACAAUUAUUUUUCCAUUAAAUAAAGAUGUGAAAAGCAAUUCACAAAAUUUACAAAAUGCAUGUGAAAGUUAUUCUGAUGCUGCUAAUGAUAAUAAUGAAUCAUUGAAUUCUGAAUGUAAAGAAAAACUUGAUAUUGGACAUAAAUAUUUUAUUAAAGACUUACAUCUUCAUUCUUAUCAAUAUUUACAAAUACCUAAUAAAGUUAUACCAAAACAUGUUUUGGAAGAAUUAUCCAAUUCAUCAUACCAACCACCUAACCAAAAUUUAUUAGCUACUUCACAUCAGUUUGAUGAAGAACAUUUCCCUAAUGAAAUAAAUAGGUAUUUUGUAAAGAACUCUCUUAGUCCUUCAUAUCAAUCAAUAAACCUAAAUUUAACUAGCCAGUCUUUAAAAUAUGUUCACGAAAAUAUUUCUAACACAUCACAUCAAACUGCUGUAGAGAGUUCACCUAGUACAUCACAUCAAUCAUCAAUUGGAAAUCUAACUAGUUCUUCUCAUCAACCCAUUUUAAACAAUUUUCCUACAACAUCACAUGGGAUCUCUCUGGACACGUGUUCUUCUUUAAACGAUAGAGGCCCCAAACAUAAUCAUGUGUCUCGUUAUUAUUCUGAUGGACAAAUGUAUACAGAAUUCCCCCACACAUAUCUUCAAGUUCCUAGUGCUCAGUUUCCAAAUUCUUCAACAAAUUCAUAUUAUGGCUCACCUGUAAAUAUGCCAUCAGAUAAUUCUGUGCCAUUUUGUUCUCCAAGUUUAUCAAUAAACUCUGUGCCUCAUUCACCAUCAUCAGAUUGCAGCAUACCAUCCUUGGUUGAAACGGUCGCUACUGCUGUACCUGAGCAUGCUUUGUUAGAUGAUAGUUUAGAAGCAGUAAAUGCUGCUCAUAACUUAAUGUUGAUCUCAAACCGCCAUAGGUACAACAGUACUACUUCAAUUACAACUACUAAAACUACUGACACUAUUACAGUCACAAGUACCGCAAAUAGUAAUUAUAAAACUAUUAAAAAUUCAAGUAUUAAUACAACUGAAAUAAAAGCUAAUAAAAUGUCCAUAGCUGACACUAUAGUUAAUAAUAUUUCUCCAGCUGAUACUACUGCUAAUAAUAGUUCACUCCUUGACUCUACUAAUAAUAAUAUUUCUACUACUUGCAAUUUGAGUGGAACUGUACAACCUUCUAUAACUGAACCAGAGGAUCAAGAAACAGAUAUUGUCCACAAUAGUCGAAGAAAAAAGAAAAAGAAACAUGAUAAAAAAAAGGAUAAGAAAAAAAAGGGAAAACGUUGAUGAUUUUUAUUAAUUUUAAGUUUUUAUUUUUCCACCUAAGCUUACAUUCCAAGCUUAUAAAAUUUCAAACAAUAGUAAAACCAACAGAUUUUAAAAAAAUUUUUUUUUAUAACAUACUGUGAUUUUUAUUUACUUUUAAACAAACUGUGAUAAUUUAAUAUUGCUCAUUUCUUUCUUUCUUCAUAUUUGCUAAAUACAAUUUACAUUUUAAUUAUAUUUUAAAACAUAUUCAUUUAAAUUAUAAAAAUAUUUUUUCUCUACACAGUUUAUUUUUAAAACUAUAAUAACAUUUUUGCAUUUAUUAUCUAUAUUUUGUUUUAAACAAAUUUAUCACAGUCUUAAAAUGCAACGUUUUCUAAUAACUAUCAUAUGAAUUCUUAACUAAAAAAAAAUAAAAAAUUAUCAAUCAUAUUAAGGAAGGAUAAGUGAAAGUGGACAUUGACUGUUAAUCUAUUCAGUUAAAUAGAACAUUAGGAGAAAAAAAAUGUCAAAUUUGUUGAAAUUUAAUUAGUCCAAAUAUUAUUAUCUAAGUAAUUUUUUUCUUUAUUUUUUGCGAUAAAUGUUAAUAACUGAGUAAGUACUAAAGUUAGAAUUAAUUGUUAAAAUAGUUAUAUUACCAGUCUGUUAAGUAUUAUAUAAGAUUUAAGUCACUAAUGUAACUUGGUAUCUACUAAAAUUUCAAACACAACUUUGUUUUAUCAGGUACCUUAACAUUUUCUUUCAAAGGUAAAUUUGUAUCAUUUAAAAUUCUUUGAAACAUACGUAAUUAGUUUAAAACUAUUGAAUUAAUUAAUGUAAUUUGUAAAACUAAUAUUUGACCACAUUGCAUCGAACAACUGCCUAUAAAUAAUCUAG